AUGCCUCAGAUGGCCUCCAACUCACACGCCGACACUGAGCCUGAGAAACAGGACUCACUCUCCCUGCCAACCAAAUCAGCGACACUCCAAUUCUUCGACGCCUCAGAUCCAAAAUGGGCAACUGAAAAGCCAUUCUACUCCAAUAUUCCCUUCACACAGACAAAAAUCGCCAAUACAAACGUGAUCAACACAAGUGCACGAGUUCAAAUCUCUGAUAUCAGAGGCCAUGAAUCCGACUUUACACUCGACAAGAAUGGGUUCCAGUUAGUAAAAUGGAAGCAUCAAUUCUCUGAUCUUGGACCAUCAUUUCAAGAAGAAGGGUAUCCUGCCGUGGUCAAAUUUAUGAAAGAUGUUCUUGGGAGCCAUGUCAAAGUUUGUGUGUUUGAUCAUAUUGGUCAGAAAUGGUAUUAUGUCAGUGACCAAUCUGAUGAGGAGGUUUGGUUGAUCAAAACGAUGGAUUCUUUGGCGAGGAGUGAGGAUGUUGCUAUGUAUACGCCGCAUACUUCGUUCUUUGAUGAAGACCCUGCUGUUGCGGAGGAGAUACGGGAGAGUAUUGAGCUUAGGGCAGCCUCAUCUGAAGCGGGGUUGGGCUUUAUCAUUGGUCUAAAAGGAUCUCAUGAUCAAUUCCAUGCAGAGACUACUGCACAGUCAAAUGCAGGAUUAUCUCGGCACACUACAAUGGAACCCGAGAGAAGUCGUUCAAGGUCUCGCGGCCGCUCUACCGACGCAGACAAGAAACGGUAUGAGGAUACUCCCAUGACGCGGGAAAGCUCUUGGGACUCUCAUGUCGUCUGUCCCCAGCCAACCAAGGUCCAACCUUGGAAGCAGGCUCUCCAAGUUGAGAAGGACUCUGGAGCCAAUCCCCUUCUGAACUGGGAGCCCAAUGCUAUGGACUUUGGUGAGAAGCCUUGGCUCAAGAUUGAUUGGUCCAAGAUUGAAGGUACUGGACCUGGGGGAGUUCGUAGCAAGUCUCCUGAUCAGAUGUGUGGUUAUUCUGUUGGCAACCUCAAGCUUGUUUGAGAUUGGGUGAUUCAGAUGUUAUGGAAAUGAGUUCAGGGCGCCAGAAUGUGCUGGAUAUGAGUUAGUAAAUUGCACUUAUCUAUUGAAUCAGUAUUCCGUUUGUCGGUGAAUGUCCACGUUUCAUUGCUUCGCCCGUACGUUAAAAGUCUAGCAUUCAAUCUAAUCUUCUAUUACUCCUAUUCCGUUUUUCUUGUCUUUUUAGGCCAGAGUUUGCAUUGUCUUUCUAGCAAGUGUACCCAGUUCUGCCAUUGGGUACUCCAAUUCUUAUGUAUUAAAUAUGAUACUACUAUAACGAUUUGUCUUUGUU